CAAACAAUCACCAGAUUCAUUCAGGAACAGGAAAGCCGACCUGAAGAUCCCGCCUUCAGCUUACCGCCACUGCCAUUCGAGAGCACUUGGAAGCAAUCAAGCUACCUACGGCUCGAUCCGACCCGACCGACGACCGCCCGUCCGCCUGCCAAGUCGAGUACCAGCCUGUGACGGGAACAAGAAGGAAAAUGGCGGCAACAACAAAACACUCGUCCCUCGCCGCCUUGGCUUCCCUCUCCCUCCUUCUCUUCUCCCCGGUUUUUGCCUCGGCCCAGCAAGUUCCCGGUCUAGAAUGCCUGCACUUGCGCAGCCACGAGCUGGCUGUCAUGGCCGCCUGCGGUGAUGAGGGCGCUCUCAACCACUACUUCUCCACCUUCCCCACCACCAUGUCGUCUGGCGACCCCGAUUAUCUCAAGACCCUGACGAAAUGCUACAUCGAUUCUGGCUGCAACGAGGAGGAAACCCCCGCGCAGAUCGCCGACGCCGCCAAGCGCUGCUCCGGAGGGCCCGCCGCCCACCCCCAUCAUCAGCUGGGCUCUCGCUCCGAGAAGGGUGCCUUCUACAACCACCGCCUGCGCAUUCCCGUUGUUCCCGCCAAGCCAGCGUCCAUCGCCGUCGCCCGCGCCGCCGUCACUGAUGCGCCCGUCGUCGAGCCCGAUGUCGCCCUCAUGAAGACCAAGAUCACCGCCCCAGCCAUCCUGCCCCGCGCCGAUGAGACGACCGAAACCCGUGCCGUCGCCGGCACCGAGCGGCCCUCGUCGCCCUUGAUCUGCCUGACCAAGUCCGACAAGUCGAUCCAGUCGUGCCCGACCCAAUCCACCGGCACCGCCUCGGGCAAGUUGCUGCCUUGCUUUGAGACCUCGGUGCCCGUCGACGUGUGCGUCGAGGGCCUGAUCUGCCAAAACGCGAGCGGCCAGGGCAUCAGCUGCAUGUACAAGCAGUCCGGUCUCGAAACGGCCGGCAUCGUCAUGGCCAUCUACUUUGCCGCCACCAUCGGUUUGGCUGUCUGCGGCCUGUGCUUCUUCUGCUGCCGCGAGCGCCGCACCAUGAAGAAGCUCGAGCGCGCGGCCGAGGCGGCCAAGAUUGCGAAGGAGGCCAAGUCUAGCGCCAUGGCCGCUAAGAAGCGCACCUCUACCGCCCCCGCCCUCGACCAGCAUCAGCAGGAACAGGAGCACAUGUUGGAGCAGCCGCUGAUGGGCGGCAACGGGGGUUACAUGGGUGGUGGUGGAUAUCAGGGUGUCCCCCUGAACAACGAGUAUGAUGAUGUCCCGGCCCCGCCGCCGCAUAUGGCCGAUACGGGAUAUGGUGGUGCGGCGGGAGUUAGGGGUGGGUCGGGUAGCGGAAGCCCGACGGGCGGAGCGCCCAACCCGUUCUCGGAUCAUAAUGAGGGACACCCUGCCUUGAGGUGAUCAGUCCAUUUGGAGGUUGUGAGAGUUUCAGUGUUGGGGUUGUUGGAUGAAAGCAAAUGUUUUGGUCAUCUACUGCUGGGGCAGUCAGGCUGCUGUGAUUGGUCUACUGUUGGAACCUCGUGUUCGAAUGGACGAAGAGGGGGUGGUUGAUUGGAAGACAAAGGUGCUUUUUUUGCAAAGUCUCGCUGUUG